ACUGCUUUUCUUCAGGCAACUCGACAACACAGUUUUAUAUUAUCCCAGCUAUCGUUAUUUUAACUGAGCAUUAACGCUUCUUAUUUUACAAGUACGAGAAGGUCGGUUUGUACUGUGUACUGUAACGCUGCGAGUGUGGUAAGACAGGUUAUAAAUAAUAACUUUAAGAGUGGGAUGUUCCCCAUAGCUGUGAUAAGAAUGAGGAAACACCAGCGUCUCUCACUGAUUUGUUUGUAAGCACAGCACAGUGCACACGAGUCUCUGGACACAACUCUGUGUCCGAGUUCAGCAUCGUGCCUCCAGAUCGGCGGUCCGAUGGCAGACCCGUCAGACUCCAACACCACGACAGGGACAAAUAGCAGUGAUGAGGCAAACACACAGUACAUCGCCUUUCUUCUGGUGCCCUUCUUCUUUCUGCUGGGGCUUCUGGGGGUCCUCAUAUGUCACAUACUGAAGAGAAAGGGCUACCGUUGUACAACUGAGACAGAUGAAGACGAGGAGCUGGAGAAAGAUGAAGAUGAACACGAAGUGGAAAAAGAUCCAGAAAAAGGAGACCUGAACGAAACCUUUAGUGAGUGCAACGCCGACACAGUAGGACAAAUUGUUCAAUACAUCAUGAAAAAUGAAGCCAACACUGAUGCACUCAAAGCCAUGGUUCAAGAGAGCAUUGACUCAGAAGGUGCCCCAGUGACGCCCACCUCUCCAAACACGCCCACCUCUCCAAACACGCCCAACAGCCCCUUGAGCCCUGCGCUGCCAGGAUUUUUACCCAGCACGGCCAAACACACCUGUAACCACCUGCACACCAUCGGAGGAGCCAGCGGACAUAAGAACAUCUGCAACCGCUGCAACCAAAAAAAAUGGCCUCUCAUGAGACGCUUGUCCAGCAAGAGGAUAGACAGACGCAGUCACAUGGGAGAGGUCACAGUGUUGUCUGUGGGCAGAUUCCGGGUGACAAAGUGUGACCCCAAAUUGGCCCGUGAUAGGCGGACCCUGCUGAUCACUGAGCCCAAUGGGAGUGUCCCUUCAUCCCCUGCUAAGGCUGACCCCCCUGCACUUAGCACAGGUGCACAGUCUCAGGUGAAGGGUGACGAUGCAAAGUGAUAACCAGAGUUUCUGACAGGUUCUCAGGCAACAUUUUAAAAAGAUUUUAAUCUGGAAGUCACACUUCCAGUAAAGAGUACGAUAGACACGAGAACGGAGGAAUAAAGAAGGAUGUCGGAAAAUGACGCACAACCUCCAAACUGUCGUGUGGCGUGUCAGUUGUGGAAGGAGAGAAGCCAUUUUACAUAGGUUAACCUGUCACCAUGACAACCAUCAUUUCACAGACACAGACAACCAUCAUUUCACAGACACAUCAAUGACUAAAGCGUGUCAAUGGUUAAUCAAACCAGGCACUGUGGUAAGAUAUCAUUGUCGUGUGCCUCUUUACACCACUCCUGGAAGGAAGAAGUGUCUUCUUUUGUUUCCUCUUUUUAUUUGCAAGCUGUGAUACAGACGUGAAAACAGAGCCAUGAGAUUUCUUACUGUUUACAAUCCAAACGAUGUUUUGUUUGUUUGUUUUAACCAGCUUUUGACAUUGGAGUACAUGUGCUCAUCACUGAAUACACCCUUUUUCACCAUUGGGUUUUAUGACUUUAAAUUAUCUAUUAACAUUUGUGCGUAAAUCAAUGUAAUUGCAUGUUUAUCUGCUUAACACAUUCAUUGACUGGUGGUGUAUUCUGUAAUGUCUUAAUUGGUCACUUAAUGCAUCGCUGUAAUUAUUGCUUUAUUUCACUAGUCUCCCAAAAACACUGUGGUUCACAAUUGUAAAAUGUUUUUUAUGGUCAUGAAAAAGCAUCAGUGUAACUUGCAUGCUUUUUCAGCACUCCAGAUGCUAGCAUAAUGUAUGUCUCAAGUAUAAACGAGAAAAGACAAUUUCUUCAUUAUACUUACUUAACAUAAUUGUAGUUAAAUGUAUGGAACCAUAUAGGCAACAAGCACAAUAAUUUAAGGCUUUUACUAGUUGUGUGGAAUGGGAUCGGAGCAUUUUAACCAAAACAAAUUCUCAAAUAUAGAUUUCAAAUGUUGUAGAUUGCCUAAUAUUAUUAGGUUUUUGCCAUUUGUUUUUUUUUAUUUUACAGCCAGCAUUAAAACGAAAACCUAUUAAACAGCAAUCUAGAUUUUUAUAUUUGCUUGCACAAUAGCAGUCAGUAGUUUGUUUAAAAGCCUUGCUGUUCAAACUGCCUUUGAAGGAAUUCAGACUGAAAUACUGUACAGAAAUAGUCUUUAUUGAGAAGACAAAGAACAAAUGUAAAAGAAAAAUGGAAGACUUGCAGAGGUAUGUAUCGAAUUGUUAAAUGUAAAUGCAUAUGAUGAGUGCUUAAAUCUUUUAUAUGGAGAAUUUAUACAUUAAAAAAAUUAAACACA